GCACAUUCCGAAAUGCACAAGAGUUUGAUUAUUUGCUGCAAGCCAUUGGCAUUCUUUUUUCAUUGCUCCAAGAGUUUGACAUGACCCUGAACCCAAAUAAGUCAGUGGCCAUCCUUGCAUUGCACGGACCAAAGAGUCGAAAGACCAGAGCGGCCUGCGUGAAGCGUGACCAUCGAGGCGAUUUGCUGAAAAUCCCUGUCCCCACUCAGCAACAUGUGUUGAUUCCGAUCAAAGACAAAGCCACAUACCUGGGAUGCAUCAUGAGCUAUCAUAGCUUUGAGGCUGCCUCCUCAGUGCAACGUGCUGAGACUGCACUCUCUGGCGAGGCCUUGAUUUCUGGACCUGACCUUUGCACUGGCACCCCUGCUGCCCUGACCAUGACAGCAAUGUGCCCAUCUCGAGCUGAUGUCUCGAUGAGAGGCACCCAGAUGUUGAGUGAUGCAGACCUGAGUUUGAUCAAGAGCAAACCUUGGGGCAACCGCCUGUUGCAGCUCAUUGCAGAUGACACCCUUGACUUGCUUGAAAAAGAUCAUGAGGCAUGUGGGUACCUCUCCAGAUACUGCUGUAUUUGUGGACAGCACUUGAGCCGCACGCAGGAUACUUCAAGAGCCAUCAGUGUCCUGUUUGGACCCAAGUUGCUGUCUUAUUACUUCAUGGUGGUGGAUUGCAUGCGCAAGAAAGUGGCCCUCCUGAGGCAGAUUGCUAUGCUGUACUACCGCCUUGACAGUGUCCCCUUCAUGCCAGUAGAGACCACUGACCAGAUCGAGCAUUCAGUGACCUUUGGACUUUGGACCAGCACUGAGGUGACUCAGCUCCUGCGACGUUGCUGCAUGCAGUGUGGCCAAGAACACCCUGCUGGAAUGCUCUGCCGCCACAUCCAUGAGGAACAUUUGAGUGGACACCGUUUUGUAGAAUUUUAUUUCGAAACGCUGGUGCCUGCAAUCUCCAAGAUUCUGCAUUCAGAUUUUCAAUGUGACCUCUGCAGCCAAGUUUUCAACCUGCCGCCUGAUGCAACCCAACCGGCACUUUCUGAACCUCGGGCAAGGGAACUGCCCGGUGAUUUUGCAAAGCUCCAUCUUGUUGGCCACUACAUGGAGGGAGACUUGGCUAUGAAUGGAGUGGACCAGAGCUCCCAGGCCCAAAUCAGGGAGACCUUCCAGUUUUUGGCACCGCUGCUGGACCAAAGUCUGAAGCUGCAGCCAAAUCCGAAAGCACCGAAACAACGUCGCACCGACGACAAGAACCAACAAGAUCUACCAGAUCACGGUCCACCCGCGGCAGACCCACAGAGACUGAUGCAAUACCUCCAAGCACUGGGCCAUCUAGUGCUGCGUCAAGAGCACAGCUUGAGCUUGCUGCAAAGCACAGACUCUUUCAUCCUGUUUUUCCAGCAGGACAAAGAGGGCUCACUCCAGAGCUUGCUGGUGGAGACACAGAAAUGGCAUCAGAAACGCCUCCAGGAACCGGAGAUGGUACAAACCACCCUGCGCCAACACCUGUGCCAGCACCUUCUUCAGGACCUCUUGAACCGGGUCACGAAGGUAUCACAGAGCAAGCCGGAGGAUGCCCUGUUCCGCCUUUGCCGGGAGAAGAAUCUCAUCCUGGAGGACAUGAGCUGGCCUUUCCUGCGCUGGGACACGGCCAAGAAGCUGCUGGUGAUAGACAAGAAGAAGGCCAUCACGAUGCCGAAGAUGUUGGAGCAUCUGACGGAGCUGGUGGAGGAAUUUCGGGACCCGGCCCUUGUGGUGCGAUUCCAGGGGCUGGCAGCAAGCAGCCCGCAGACGGCAGUUCCAUGGAAACUCCAGCUGAACUUGCGCUACAACAGGCCCUACGACCUGCUGGUGGCCAUGACGCACUCCUCGGUGUGGAUGGUGGCGGGAAUGUCCCUGAAGAUUCACACACCACAACAAAGUAGACUGGCAAAGACGGUCGAGAGCCUCUUGCCCAAGGGGCGGGGACGAGGAAAGGGCUCGGGGAAGUCCAAAGGGAAGAACAAAGCCCGGCAACAACUCUGCCUGCACCUCUCCACGCUCCAACUAGGCAACGACUCCACUUGGUGUUUUGCCAACGCCAUGGUCUAUUGCCUGAUAGUUGUCCAUGCAACCUUGGCAUGGCUUGAAGCUCCAGCCGUGAACAUGUGCUGGGAGAGGCGACUCGAAAUAGAGGACCGAGUGCAAUGCCAUGACACUGGACAUGCCACCAUGCCUUUGAUCUUGCAAUUCACACCUGAACUUGCGCUGCUUGAAACCUGCACUUUUCAGCAAUUGAUCCAUGUUUGGCACCAGGCAGAAGGUAUGCAUGCUGCUCUACUCCAAGCCGCGCCGAUCCUGUGCGUACAGGUGGACAGAAUGUUUGAGGCCCUGAACGGCCAGAUUGAGAAAAGCAGUUGUGCAUUCAACCUGGAAUCAGAAACACGCUUCCCAGUUUACUGUGACGAUUUGCUGCAAUGUGCACAGAUUUCUUACACAUUUGUGGCGGCGGCCGCACACCUGGGAAUUGAUGCAGCAGGUCACUAUCAGGCUUUUCUGAAGAUGCACCCUGCACUUGAGAGCAAUGCAAAACCAGUGCAAUGGCUGAUCACUCAGGAUAAUGUUCAGCCUCAUGCGUGUUGGCGCUUGCCGACUCAUCUAUGCCAAAACCUCACUGUGGCAUGGUUUGUCAGGACACAUUGCCUCUAUUUACCGAAGAUAUUGCACCAACCGCUCCCAAAUGCAGAGUACAUUGAAAAGCCAGAAGACGUGUCCCAGCUCUUGGCACUUUUCCGAGAGCCUGCCACAGACUGA